AAUAAAAUAACCCUAAUUUCUGUCAGAACCUCUGAGCUCUCUCACUCGCUCCUCAGUCGUCUCCAACCUCCGUCUCCAGCCACUAGCCGGCACACUCGCAAACUCACCCUCGUCUUUGAUUUUACUACUCCCAUUCGCUCCUCAGUAAUCUCCCUCUCUCUCUCUGUGUGGCCUGCCUGAGUGCCUGCCUCCGCCUUGCUCUUCCGCCGUGCCACUGACCCGCUGCCUGCCAGUGCAGGCCUCUGCGUCGCUCUUCUGCGGCGCCACUGCCUCUGCUUCCCUGCGAGCGAGUCUGCGACCACUGCCUCUGCGUUGCUCCCUCGCUGCUCUGCCUCGUUGCUCCACUGCAAUCUGCGACGCUGCUUCUGCCUGAAGCCAGAUUUCUCAGACUUUAAGGUAAAUUGAGAACUUCAGAACACCUGGACGGGACUAUAGCAAUGGUUGAAGCAUACACCUCCAGGAACAUGAGGACAUUGUAUUAGGUAGGCAGGAAAAACUAUAGGAAUGCUGUCAUCUACUGCUUCUGCUCAGCUUCCAAGUUGCUGGUACCUCUUUCCCAGUCAUCUUAAUGCCCAUCAUCAUGCCCAGCAAAAGAGAAAACUCACCAGUCUAACACUUGCAAAUGCAGAUAGACAAGUCUACAAUUUGUGUCUUUCUCAGGCCCAGAAAAACAAUAAAGGGCUAGAAAGCAAUUACAGGACUAGAUACAAUUUCAACUUAAUUCAGAAUCACAAAUACCCAUUCUUUCAGCAGCUCUUUCCCUUUGAUGACACAAAAGACACCAAUAAUCAAAAUUCACAAACCCGAAAGGAGAGUCAAUUUGAAGUAGACAAACAUAAAGGAUUCAAGGAAAACAACAUAGCCAGGUCACUUUUCACAGAAAUGUGGUGGGUAGAUAUAAAAGCAGCAAUUGGCCAAAGAAUCAACUUGGAGGGCAUUUUAUGCUCAGCAAUGGUGAUCGUAAAAAGCCCGAAAUUGGCACUGCCUCAUAUUGCUGUUCCAGAUAUAAGGUACAUUGAUUGGGCUGAGCUUCGUAGAAAGGGAUUUAAGGGUGUUGUCUUUGACAAAGAUAAUACUAUUACAGCGCCGUACUCUUUGAUGCCUUGGCCUCCUCUUGAGUCUUCAUUGGAGCGUUGUAAACUGGAGUUUGGUCCUGAUAUUGCUGUAUUUAGUAACUCUGCUGGACUUCAUGAGUAUGACCCUGAUGGUUCUAAAGCUAGAAUGCUUGAGGCUGCAGUUGGAAUUAAAGUCAUUAGACAUAAAGUAAAGAAGCCAUCCGGUACAGCCGAAGAAGUUGAAAAGCAUUUUGGUUGUGAAUCUUCAAAGCUAAUCAUGGUGGGUGAUCGGCCUUUCACUGACAUUGUUUAUGGCAAUCGUAAUGGGUUCCUAACGAUUCUCACAGAGCCUUUGAGUCUUGUUGAUGAGCCAUUUAUUGUUAAGCAGGUGAGGAAGCUGGAGACUACUUUUGUAUCUUAUUGGUGUAGAAGAGGGUUGGAGCCGCCUGUCCAGAAGUUAUUGCCAAAUCCCAUGUCGUGUGUCAAAGAGCCACGCCCUUGAUCGUUUCCUAGGGCAUAGAACACUACCCUGUCCCUUUUGUUUUGUUCUGAAAUAUAUACUGCCCUCCCUACCUUCCAGUAAUGAGUUGUGCAUAAUGCAUGCUCAUCAAUAUUUUGUUUGGUUAUUUAAUUUUUUUAUCCCACCAGACUUGAUUAUGUUAUUCCUUCUCGUUUGCCUUUUAUUUGGUAGGUUCCUUGCGUAGUUUGGUAUAUAUCCUCAAUGGGUAGUAGAAUAAUUAGAAAAUGGGUUUUCAAUAUAAUUAAUAUUUUAUGAUCA